CUCUUUCUCUCUCUCUCUUUUCUUUCCCUUCCCGUUCCCUUACACAUCCUGCUGCUACACUAUACUGUGUGCUUCUUUAUAUAGCAAAACAAAAGGACUUCUUUGUCGGCUCAUUUGCCUUUAAUCGCUUCGAGCCUCCUCUCAAAUCCCUUCCACUCCCUUGAUUGAAACGAUUACCAUUCCCUUCUUUUUUCUUCUCUUUUUUCAUUCUCUUUUGAAGCCCUUUUUACGCUUAAAUAUAGCCCCUCAACGUCUGUAUGGGCAGCCAUACGAAGCGAAGUAAUGAUACAAUUAUGCCCCAGAAGCGAGCACAACAAACGACUGCUUCCAACAACAACAACAACAACAACAACAGCAGCACAACUACUACUACCAGUACCAGCAGCAACGCCUCUGGCAUACCUUCCAUACCACGAAAGCCAAAGCAUCUCAAUAGUAUGUCUUCGCAGCAUUCAUUGACGGCAAAAUUGUCGACAUCCUCUUCGGCAACAACGACAACAACAGCAACAAAAAAGCCAACUGUUAUAGCACGUAGACAGAGUACCACACCUACUACCAUUGUCAAUUCCGCUAGCAGUCAGGGCUUGACUCAACGACUUCGCCACGCUAAAUCAACUAGUUUGGAUCAACAAGAGCAACCAAUGCUUCGCAAAAGCACCUCUUCUCGUUUUGGCAAGAACCUGCUACCUACUUGGCUUGGACGAGGCAAUAACAGUAACGGAAGUUGUAGCGGUGGUGGUGCCAGUCCAGGAGGGAUUCUUCCAGCACUAUCCGUUUCUUCGCCAUCGAACGUAGUUGACAGCGACACCGAUGUUAAUAGCGAUGCUCAUGCUGUCAUGGGGGAUAUGGAUGCCUUGGAGAAAACAUUUGAAUCUCUUCUUGCACGUAUUCUAGCUUGUUUUUUCAAGAACGACGAGCUCAAUAUGAAGGAUGAACAACGUGAUAAGCUGCGAGUUCUACCUGCGGACCAAAAACUUUAUUUAUUGCAACAAAAUAAGCACAUCAAAAACCCUACUAUUACUACUACGCUAAAGCCGUCUAAUUCCACUACGUCACUGCGCAACUUACGAUCAUCAAUGCAGCGUAGCGACACUCGGUCACUUAUUGCACGCCAACAACAAGAGAACGAUAAGGAUCAUAAUCAACAACAGCAAAAGAAACUGCAAAAUGCGGAACGACCUCCUCUUCUUCAUCUUGCUACCGCUUCAUCGACUAGUAACAGUAAUAAUGCUACUAUUGAUAACAGAACCAAUAACAAAAACAAUGCGCUUGCUGGUGGGAUCAACGCUGGGCGAGCUGCGACAUACAAAUUCAACCGACGACAUCACUUAGCAGCUAACCAAAAUCGCAGCUCCAAAGUGGGCUCCAUGAUUUUGGAGUUUGAUGCUUUAGCCCAGGAUGACGACAUGGAUGCAUCUGCGUGGUUGUUGCUUGACGAUAAAAUGGCACCGGCACCCGCGAGUAGUAGUAGCAGGCAGCCAACAAAAGCAGCAGCAAAUAUGACUCACGGUCACCAGAGUCUUACACGUAAAGAAGGAUCGCAUCUAAGCGCCCUGGCUGCUGCAAGUGCUGCAGUCGACGACAAUUCUACAAAACGCAAGGAUCGAAAUAGUCCCUACUUUCAUGUUGAGAGACUACGCAGCAGAAACACGCCUGUUGAUGCAUUAACCAAGCACCUUACCUCCCUUAAAGUAAUUUUUACCACUGGAAGCGUCUCUUGGGUGAACGAAUUUCUGUCUCGUCGACACAAUGGUUUAUCAGCUCUUGAGAAUGUACUUGAACGACUUGAUGGAAGAAGAAAAAAGAAGCGCGGACAACAGCGACUUGGUGAAGCGGACGAAAACUGUUUGCUAGAAUGUAUCAAAUGUGUCAAGGCGCUAAUGAAUACUGAUCCUGGAUCUCAGCAAGUGUCGAUGCGCCCUGUGAUUCUUCGCUAUCUCGUCGUAGCCUUACUUGCCGGACUCAACUGCGUUACCGGUCGACAUGACCUAACAACCAUUAUACCAACCAGCUCAUUGUCAACAGCGACGUUAAACAAGUCACCCUCGGCAUCGUCGCUCACGGGAAGCGUUUUACCAUCCAUUUCUACCACGCUUUCCGCAGCACCUGCCACAGAAGCACCCGUCAGCAACAACAGUCACCAUUAUACUAGCACUGCCACUGAGCUAUCAGGACAUCAAAUCGUGCUGUCCGUACUUUCCGAAAUUCGAGGCGAGCAGUACCGGUUCGAGAGACUUGUCAGUCGACUGCAUGAAUUGUAUGGCUUAGCGACGGAUGAAAAGGAGGCGCCUGCCUUGAUUUGGGAGUCGCAAGCUGCAUGUGUCAGUUUAUUUAACGCAAUUGCAAGUACUCCCGAAUCAAUCGAGGUGCGUCGUUCUAUACGGACCGAAUUGGAACGACGUGGUUUGGAUGAAUAUCUAAAGAAUCUGGCGAAAUCAUCAGAUCUAUCAGAUAUGUUAUUGGAUGCAAUCCGGGCAUACAUUGAAGCAAAGCAAACGGAUUUAGACCUUAUCCAUGAAGUGGAGAAAACGAAGCGCCAAAGUGUUUUGCAAUUGCAACCACAAGAUAUUUUUGCUGCAGCUUUUGACAAGUUUUCUGCAGAUCCAGAAGUCUAUUAUCUUGUUGUUGAUAGUAUCAGUAACCUUCUAGAUCUUGGCGCCGAUAAAGUUAGAAGUAACAAGCAGGCGGUUGUGGAUAUUUGGACUGUCAUUAGUAUAUUUGCUACUAAUAUGAAGCCAGUUGCAAAGGAAGGCGACUUCCAGCAACCACUUCAGCGCUUCCUUGAAUUGAUUCAGCCUAUUGUCGGAAAGUUGCAAGUUGAGUGCAUCGCUAAUGAAAUAUCCAACAAAAGUGACAACAACGAAACCGUUCGUCCGUCAAAUGAUGGUGGAAACUUCGAAGAUCUUGAAGGAUUGCGCAAUAUGGUGGAAGAGCUUAAAGAUUCCCUCGUCAAGAGUGAAGAAGCAAACACGAAGAUUCGACGUGAAAAGAACGAGCUAAUGAUGAAAAUGUCCAAAGCACUUGCUGAUCUUCAAGAACGCGAGGACCGCAUUGUUUCUAUGGAACAUCUUCGUCAACGAUCGCCAUCAAUCACAUCAUCCAUGACAGCAAGCGAAAUGUUGCCUGAAACGCCUGGUCUUGUUUAUUCUGACGAUAGUUUCAGAAAACGAGACUCCACCUUCGCAAAUGAGGUUGUCGACACAUCGUCGGUAGCAGCAGCUCCUGCAUCUAUGCCCGCAACACCGUCAACCAUCGUUGCUGAGACUACCAACGCUGCUACUGCAGUGGUCAGAGGAGAUCCGAUUUCAGCUGCUGCGCCACCGCCUCCACCUCCGCCUCCACCACCUCCACCUCCAGCACCAGCACAACCAUCGUUCCCUGCACCAGUGCGUCGUCUAAACAGCAAUGCAUUGAGGCGGCGCAGUGCCCGAACGUCAAAGUAUCUUCAUCCACUUGCACUCAACCUCUGUUUCCCAUCACUCAAAUCACUGCACGAAAACAAUGUAUCGUCACCUACUGGAUCCCCUACCUCGCCGACUUCCGAAUCCUCUGCAAUGCCAUUUUCAGCCAUAGCAGAUCCGUCGCUUGUUCAUCCUGCUAAUACUUGGAACAAGCCGCAGCAGCCAGUAAUCACAAUGAAGCAAUUUUUCUGGUCAAAACUGCCACCAGAGCGAAUUCAACAUACCGUAUGGAAAGAAAUUCUUUCGCCUGACUUUAACAGUGGAUUGGAAUCACCUUUGACAAGCAGUAAUAGCAGUGAAGCCGAAGAUGAUGAAGACUCUUGGUCUGUAGACGACGGCCUGCCAAAAAGUGGUCGUCAUUAUGCAGCAGCUGCCCGGAAACAGAACACAGCACCAGUGGCGACUGUGCAGAUCGAUACUGUUGAGCUGGAACGUUUGUUCAAAAAGACUCGUAAAGCUGCAGCCAAUGCAAAUCAGACAAACGAAACAACCAGCAGCUCAAUAGUUCGCAAAGGAGGCGCCAUCACCUUGCUUGAGUUUAACCGUGCCAACAACAUUGCAAUUAUGCUGGCUCGUAUCAAGUUGACCUACCCCGAACUUCGAGAUGCUAUCUGGAACAUUGAUGAUAACAAGCUUACUGUUGACAACUUGAUGGCUAUCAGACAAUAUAUCCCCACAAAGGAGGAGAUCGAAACUGUCAAAGAAUUUGAUGGUGAUGUUGAUAGCCUUGGAAAUGCCGAACGCUAUUUCCGAUCAAUCAUGUAUAUUCCACGACUUGCCGACCGUGUUAGCUGUAUGAUAUUCCGCCGCCGGUUCAAACAGGAGCUUCAAGAAAUUUUGGCACAACUUGACGUCCUUAAUUAUGCUAUUUGCGAAUUAAGAGAUAGUGUACGCUUCAAGAAAGUUCUAAAGACUGUCCUCGCAAUUGGUAAUUAUCUUAACGGUCAUACCAUCCGUGGUAACGCUUAUGGAUUCCGUUUGGACGCUUUGCUUAAGAUGCGAGAUACACGCGCUGAAGGCGAAGGUGUUAGCAAUAUGCCUACGUUACUUCACUAUCUCGUACACUUUUUGGCCAAAUCUGAAGAUGAUGUCGUCGAUUUCCGUGAAGAUAUCGAACAUUUGGAAUCCGCUGCUAAAUUAUCACCACCUACAAUUUUCGCCUCUGUAAAUUCGUUGAAUGCAAACAUGGUACAUAUAAAGGACGAACUCAAUCUCCACCGAAGACGCCGGACUUCCAUGUUACAGAUUGAUCGAUUUGCCGAGUCAAUGGACGAGUUCCUCAUCGAAGCCGAGCCUUUCGUCGAUAAUUUAAAGAACAUGACCCAAGAUAUAGACGAAAAGUUAAAGGAUUUGAUUCAAUAUUACGGUGAAGACCCUGCGACGAUCAAAUCUGAAGAGUUCUUUGACAUUAUUUAUACAUUUUCUUCGUCAUUUGCAAAAGCGCAAGUCGAAAUCCACGAAGCACGCGAACGCGCAUUACGUCGCCAACGACAACAAGAAAUGCUACUCAAGAAACUAAAACCGCGCGUUUCAAUGUCAUCAUCAUGCUCUAGCCGAGAUAGCACCAUGACGUCUUCGACAUCGACCUUAUCACGAUCAACCUCAUACAGUAGUGUAGCAAGUAAUUCUGCCGAGCAACAAACUCCUAAUACUCCACAACAUAUGGCUGCCUUGACUCCUCUCCCCACAGUACCCAAGGGGGAUGAUGAUGGCUUCGACCAUGUAUUGCGAGAACUGCGCGCAGGUCUAAAACAGGGAGAGCAUUCCUGGAGAAUAAGCACUCCAAGUCCACUGGUUUUACGAUACAGACAGCGAAAAGCUGAAGAAAACGGCUUAAACCAGGAGCAACAACGAGUAUCUAUCGUCCAAACAUAA